CCUGAGGCGCCGGCGGCCCCGGGAGGUCCCAGGAAUCGCUCAGGACCUGGCUCUCCUCGCCUGAGCUCCUGGGGUCGCCAUGGGCCACUGUUACCGCAUCCGCGUGGCCACCGGAGCCUGGCUCUUCUCCGGGUCACACAACUGCGUGCGCCUGUGGCUGGUCGGGGAGCGCGGAGAAGCAGAGCUGGAGCUACAGCUGCGGCCCGUGCGAGGAGAGAAAGAGGAGUUUGUUCUGGAUAGUCCGGAGGACCUAGGCACAUUGCAAUUCGUGAAACUGCGCAAACAGCACUCACUGGUGGACGACGCAUGGUUCUGCGAUCGCAUCACCGUGCAGUGUCCGGGAACCUCUGCAGAGACCGCGUUCCCGUGCUACCGCUGGGUGCAAGGCAAGGGCGUCCUGAGCCUGCCCGAGGGCACAGCCCGCCUGGCAGGAGACAAUGGCUUGGACGUCUUCCAGAAGCAUCGGGAGAAGGAAUUGAAGGAAAGACAACAGAUCUACUGCUUUGUCCCAACUUCUAGCUGGGCCACCUGGAAGGAAGGGAUACCCCUGACAAUAGCUGCAAACUGUUUGGAUGACCUACACCCAAAUGUGAGAUUCCAAGAGGAGAAGAGGCUAGACUUCGAAUGGGCACUGAAGGCAGGGGCUCUGGAGAUGGUCCUCAAACGUGUUUACACCCUCCUGAGCCGCUGGAACCGUCUGGAAGACUUUGAUCUGAUCUUCUGGGGCCAGAAGAGUGCCCUGACUGAGAAGAUCCACCAGUGCUGGCAGGAGGAUGACUUUUUUGGCUACCAGUUCCUCAAUGGCACCAACCCCAUGCUAUUGAGACGCUCCACCUCUCUGCCAUCCAGGCUGGUGCUGCCCUCAGGAACAGAAGAACUUCAAGCCCAGUUGGAGAAAGAACUUCAGAAUGGUUCCCUAUUUGAGGCUGACUUUAUCCUGCUGGAUGGAAUUCCAGCCAAUGUGAUCAAAGGAGAGAAGCAGUAUCUGGCUGCCCCCCUUGUCAUGCUGAAGAUGGAACCCAAUGGGAAACUGUUACCCAUGGUCAUCCAGAUUCAACCUCCCAAUCCCAGCUUCCCAACCCCAACACUGUUCCUGCCAUCAGAUCCUCCACUUGCCUGGCUCCUGGCCAAGUCCUGGGUCCGAAAUUCAGAUUUCCAACUGCACCAGCUCCAGUAUCAUUUGCUGAACACUCAUUUGGUGGCUGAGGUCAUCGCUGUUGCUACUAUGAGGUGCCUCCCAGGAUUGCACCCUGUUUUCAAGCUCCUGGUCCCCCAUAUCCGCUAUACUUUGGAAAUCAACACCCGGGCCCGAACCCAGCUCAUUUCAGAUGGAGGACUAUUUGAUCAGGCAGCAAACACAGGUGGAGGGGGCCAUGUGCAGUUGCUCCACCGGGCAAUGGCUCAGCUGACCUACUGUUCCCUCUGUCCUCCUGAUGACCUGGCUGACCGGGGCCUGCUGGGAAUCCCAAGUGCCCUCUAUGCCCAUGAUGCUUUACAGCUUUGGGAGAUCAUUGCCCGGUAUGUGGAAGGGAUCGUCCACCUCUUCUACCAGAGGGAUGACAUCGUUAGGGGGGACCCUGAGCUGCAGGCCUGGUGUCGAGAGAUCACAGAGGUGGGGCUAUGCCAGGCCCAGAACAGAGGUUUCCCUAUCUCUCUCCAGUCCCGGGCUCAACUCUGCCAUUUCCUUACCAUGUGUGUCUUCACAUGCACUGCCCAGCAUGGGGCCAUCAACCAGGGCCAGCUGGACUGGUAUGCCUGGGUCCCUAACGCCCCUUGCACAAUGCGGAUGCCCCCACCCACCACCAAGGAAGAUGUGACAUUGGCCACAGUGAUGGGGUCACUACCUGAUAUCCGGCAGUCCUGUCUUCAAAUGACCAUCACAUGGCAUCUGGGACGCCGCCAGCCAGACAUGGUACCUCUGGGGCAUCACAAAGAAGAAUAUUUCUCAGACCCCCAGGCUAAAGCUGUGUUAAGCCAAUUCCAAACAGAUCUGGAAAACCUGGAAAAUGAGAUUACAGCUCGGAAUGAGCAACUUGACCUGCCUUAUGAAUACCUGAAGCCAAGCCGCAUAGAGAACAGUGUCACUAUCUGAGACCUAAGGUGCCCCCACCUGAAAGAUGUCACAUCAGCUUUAAGACUGCCAUGUCAAUCUUGAAUAUAAUGUUUUCCUAAGUCUCUGUUGCUAAGGCUCUGAUUCCCCCCUCAACUAAACCUUCUAUCAGUAUACCACUAGCCCAGAGAGCACUAAAUUUAAGAGCCAGGCAAUAUUUAGGCCUCAGAGUCCCUGCCACAAUUACUCAGCUCUCCCACUGUAGCACGAAAGCAGGCACAGAUGAUGUAUGUCAGUAAAUUAUUUUAAGUAUGUUCCAAUAAAAAUUCAUUUAUGAUCACUUAGGUAUGAACUUCCAUUAUCACAAAACAUUAGUUUGGGUUUUUGACUAUUUAAAAAUACAAAAAAAAAGUACUUUGCUUGAGAGACAUGCAGAGACCACAGACUGGACUUGGUCCUUAUACAGUAUACUAGCCUAAGCCCCUGACCUUUCUUCCAAAACAUCCAAGAGCAUGUUUGGGGAUACAAAGAGGAGAUUUACUGAAGAAAUUCACUACCUCUGUUAAUUCUCCUUUCCAGGAAUUAGACUUCAUGCUUGGUGGCCAACUCACAGAUUGCUGACAGUUCAUUGACAAUUUUCCCUUCACCCUGACUCCGCUAUUUAGACAUGUACCCCAAACUUCCCUGAAUAGCCCAGAAUAAAAAAUCUUUGCCCCCAAAUGACUUCCUUUUCCAGACAGUCCCAAACAAAAGAUAUACAAAACUCAUAUUUCAAGGCCACUUUUUAGGUCCUUUAAUACCCAGUGAUCUCUUUAUGUUUCCCAGGAUCCAAGUUCUCUUUCACAACAAUUUUGAUAAUACUAUGCACAAAAUAAAUGGGGAAAUACCACAAAGUUA